UUGCUGUCAUGAUUGAGUUCUCAACUACUUAUAAGAUUCGGCACAUAGCUCAGAACAUUCAUUCAAAUAAGCCAAAUAAACUUUCUGCAUCACUCUUCGAACACUGAUCAUAGUUGCAACUUGCAAGCACAUCAUCACCACAACACAGCAAUGGCUAAAGUUGGAAGAAUGAAACUGGGAUCACAAGGUUUGGAAGUAUCUCAGCAAGGACUUGGUUGCAUGGGAAUGUCUGCUUACUAUGGACCUCCAAAGCCAGAACCUGACAUGGUUGCUCUCAUUCACCAUGCUGUUCAAAGUGGUGUCACAUUCCUUGAUACCUCUGAUGUCUAUGGUCCUCACACCAAUGAAAUUCUGAUUGGAAAGGCUUUGAGUGGAGGGGUGAGAGAGAAGGUUGAAUUGGCAACCAAGUUUGGUAUCCGCAUUUCUGAUGAUGGAAAAUAUGAGAACCGUGGUGAUCCAUCAUAUGUGAGAGCUGCCUGUGAAGGAAGCUUGAAGAGACUUGACAUUGAUUGCAUAGAUCUCUAUUACCAACAUCGAAUCGAUACACGUGUUCCAAUCGAAAUAACGAUUGGUGAGCUUAAGAAGCUUGUUGAGGAGGGAAAAAUAAAAUACAUUGGUCUAUCCGAGGCUUCAGCUUCAACAAUCAGAAGAGCACAUGCUGUUCAUCCCAUAUCAGCUGUGCAGUUAGAAUGGUCUCUUUGGUCAAGAGAUGUUGAAGAAGAAGUGAUUCCAACUUGCAGGGAACUUGGCAUUGGAAUUGUUGCAUACAGUCCUCUUGGCUGCGGAUUCUUUUCAUCCGGAUCAAAGUUGCUUGAUAAUUUAUCACAGGACGACUUCAGGAAGGCUCUGCCAAAAUUUCAACCUGAAAACCUGGAAUCAAACAAGACUAUAUUUGAGAGGGUCAAUGAAAUGGCCUCAAAGAAAGGAUGCACACCAUCUCAGCUUGCAUUGGCAUGGCUUCACCACCAAGGCAAUGAUGUCUGCCCCAUUCCCGGAACCACCAAACUUGAGAACCUUAACAACAACAUUGGAGCCGUGUCUGUGAAACUUACACCACAAGAAAUGACAGAACUCGAGUCCUUUGCUGCCGCAGAUGUUGUCAAGGGUGGUAGAUACGCCGGCGAUCUAAUUACCUGGAGGAACUCUGAUACUCCACCACUCUCUUCUUGGAAAGUUGUUUAAUUUUCUUGCUGUUGAUUUGUUCUUUCAAUUAAUUAAGUGAUCUGAAGUUUGAACUCUGUUCCAGAUAACUUCAUGUAUGUGUGUGUGUUUCUAUGUCUAAAUAAACAAAAGAUUUAAGCACAUCAAAAGUGCAAUGGCAUGCCUUCUACUAUUAAUCUU